AUGACAUUACACCAAGAGAAAACAGCUUCAAGCUGUUCUCUCUCACCCCAGCCCGCGGAUCCCAAAACAGAACCAGUUGGGCCGACUAAACUACCGAAGCCACUCGACGUACAGGUACCCAACAGGGUCGAGCAGGCGGGGCCAUUUCCAUGGCCGGAACGAUUCUUCAACAGAAGGAAACUUCCUAGGGAAUGGGAGAACACCCCAUGGCUUUACGCUACCCUUCGAGAUAUGGAACAAGACCUGAAGUGCCCCGAAGAAGAAGACAUAUUGCGCUCCUUGCGAACCGAAGAGAACUGGGCCCCGGACCAGUUCCGGCUUGAUAUUUUCCUCGAUAUUCUCCGUGGAAGAACACUUCAGCAGUUGGAAGAGGGUGCAUACGACGUGCCGGGAACCAAAGUUGCCCUCCUCAUUGAUAGCAACAACCUCGGCAGAGAACCGGUAUUCCGACCAUUUCUUGGAGGCUUAUCAGCAAGGCAGUUUUUGAGAGAGGCGACCAAAGACCGCUAUGAACUCGAUGAUGUACAAUCUUCUGUGAGCAGUGGCUUUGUGGAGGCAGAACGCAGGUUGAUCUACGUGGUUGACCUAGAUUCUUGGUCUAUUCUGGCUCUUCUUGGAUCAUCUUCGGAGUCUCUGUACAGGGAGGUGACGGAGUGCAUACUCAACCACCUCUCAGCCAAGAGUGAAAUUGGUGUUUCUUUCACCACGGAAGGACCAGAAACGUUUUUGCUCCAACUUUCCUUUCCGGUCAGAGCCUUGCGUACAACAGCCGAACCGAGGACGGACGAUCGGAAAAAAAGAUCAAAUGGGGAGCCUCUAAGAUCAUCGAUGGACAUCACGUUUAUGAGAAGAUUCACCGAGAUGCCUAUCGACGCCACUUCUUUCGACGUGAUCUACUCAAGCCACACAAGUGCAAUCGUCACGGGGUUUGAUCAACAUCGCUGGACCGGUGUGGCCUUGCUUGAGAGCUGGUACGAAGACGCACUCGACGAUGAACCACAUCCUGACAUGGUAGCUCGCUAUGAUAAUGACAAAGAUGAUGGACUGAUUUCCGAUCCACUUGGGCGAGGCAACGAUGUAAUGAGGUCUUCGUGGGAGCCUCGCAGCUACUUCAUUCGCAUUCUUCAAAUCCGUCUCAAUCAGAUCAAUGGCGAAUGGGAAUCCCUAUCCUUUCACUUCCACAUUGCCAUUGCAGCAGCGCUUAGACAGCACAAGCAGCUGCUUGAUGACCUUUUACUAGUGUCUCGCAGCUUCAACGCCCAACAAGAAGCGGAGAGAAAGCUUGACGAAUGGGAAAUGAUGGUUAAGCAAGCUGGAGACAUUCUGAGAGGGCUGAAAAAGGUGCUUGGUGAGACUCUAAGUGGCGCCGCGGUUUUCACGGAAACCGACGUGAACUACUUCCUACACCAAGAUGGCCGAGCUGGAGAUGCCAUAGAUUGCAUGAUGCCCUUGUCACAGAUCCGCAAAACAUUGAAUAAGAUGGGCCGGACCCACCGAGAUAUCGUCGAGCUGCAAGAAACGUGCGAGUCAAUGCUCGAGAGUGGUAUUACUGGGAGAAAAAAGUUCAUCUUGAAAAAGAAAAUGAAUGCGACGAACCCGCUGGAGAUUAGAAUGUUGUCUUGGACAACUAUGAUGUCUCAACCACUCCUUAAUGUAGCCGCAAUCUUCAGCUGUGAUGGUAUCAUCACUUUUCCGCGGACAUGGUACAAUUUCCUAUACGCUCUCUUCAUCAUGGUAGCUGCUAUGGGGUUCGUUGUAGUCUUCUUACUCCAGUUGGUGGAAUCUGGCGUCAGCCUGUUUGAAAGAAAAGCUGGAGGUGAGACUUCCAUAGAAGAGUCCAGCCGAAAACGCGGCGUGACGGGCCCGGUGAACACCAACAGCCGCUUGCCACCCCGCAGAUCCACAUGGUGCACAAGCGGGAUGGGGCACUUCCAGAGACGAGCAGACAUUGGCCUUCUUGAUUUGUCGGGACGGAGCGUGCUGGGUCAGCCGGCGAUAAUAGAGCCGAGUCUUCCCAAGCCUCCCAUCGCUAUCUUGGCAAGCCAUAAAGGCUAUACUGAGCCUCUUGCUCAGUUGACGUGA